AUGUUCUCGCAUUUUGGACUGAUUUGUGAAAAUAAUGAGUGGUAUGCGACAAAAUACCCUGUAGGAGUGCGGUACUUCACGAUAAACGAAUCAAAGCAAUUUGGAGAAAAUGGAGAAUUAGAUGGGAAGAAAUCAAAAGUAAAGAAGAUAUUUUGUAAGCUCCCUGGAGAGACCACUACUCUUCCUCCUGUAACUACUCCUGCAAACCUUUGUGACAAGUGUGAAAUAGAUCCAAUUCUGGUGAAUCCUGAGAACGGCCUGGAUAUGAAACCCAGUUCUAUAACGGAGUUGGGACAGGCCGGAUGUAUACAGACUCAUCUCAGAUGCACUACAGAAAAUUCCAUCUGUAUCUCCAUGCAAGUUUAUGCAAAAACUGCAACUGAGACUGUUGCUAUUGGCAAUGAUGAUACUAUCGUUUCCGAUGCGACUAUUACCUGCCAACCGAAUGGGAAAUAUGGAUUUGGCUCUGCAAAAGAUAUUGAAUCAGUUUAUUGCGUCUACGAGGGAUGCGCGUUGACUUAA